AACUUGAUGAAUAGUGUCGCUGCUGUCAGGAGCGUCAGAUGAACACAUGAAGGAAUGUGGAUAGAUGGACAGCUGUAACAAAGAGCGGAGCAAGAGAAGCUGCGUCAUCAUGUCUCCUCCUCACGGUUACAGUAUGUACUUCUGUCUCUCCGGAGGUGGACGUCGGUGAGAGUUUGCUCUCAACUAUUGACCGUCUCGUCCGUCUCCGUCUCCGUCCCGGGCUAAAUGUUCUGUUGCUUUGCGUUUCCUCUGGAGAUCUAUGGAGACCAGACCGAGUCAAGUCCAAGUGCUACAACUGUGAGCGUGUCGAGGUUCUUGUGAAUAGUUUAUCCACCUUCUCAAACUUCAACUGCAGGAAGGAAACAUUUGGCAACAAGGAGCCUCUGAGGGCCCAACAUCAGCAUGGUGAACAACCAAGCGUCAGGCGUACCGCCGGCCCCCAGGUCUUGUGCCGGAUGCGGGGGGAAGAUCGCAGACCGCUUCCUGCUCUUCUCCAUGGAGCGCUACUGGCACACUCGUUGCCUCAAGUGCUCUUGCUGCCAAGCCCAGCUGGGGGACAUUGGCACCACCUGCUACAGCAAAGGGGGCAUGAUUCUGUGUCGGAGCGACUACAUCAGACUGUUCGGGCACAGCGGGGCGUGCAGCGCCUGCGGCCAGUCGAUCCCAGCCAACGAAAUGGUGAUGAGGGCGCAGGGAAAUGUUUACCACCUCAAGUGUUUCAGCUGUGCCACCUGUAGAAACAGACUGAUCCCUGGCGAUCGCUUCCAUUACAUCAACGGUACAAUCUUCUGCGAGCACGACAGACCCGGCGCCGUCUUGCUCAACAGCCACCUGCCUCCACUUCAGAGCAACACUGUGCUGACAGACCAGAAGGUAUGCUGAGUGGAAGAAGAGCUGCGCGUUGCCCUUGCCUUUCCUCCCGAGCUUCACUUCUCUUCGGUGCGCUAUUCUUAUCCUGCUACUGUCGUCGUUGUUGUGGAUUCUGAUCACUGCCCCCCGCCUCUCUUCUUCCCCCGGGGAGGACGCUGUUUCCCACCAAGAUCCCCGUCCGUCACCGUACCAGAGACUCUAUAAACCGCGUACGAAGUCACAUUUAUGUUGUGUUCAGUGUUAAAGUGGUGUGUGCAUCAUCAAAGACUUGCAGUAUGUGUGGACUGCACUGGGACUAAGAGAAAGAAAGCUGGAGGAAAACAAUGAGGAUGAAAAGCCUGCGCCAACUGGAAGAGGGAAUAAAAGAUGCUUGAAUGAACGUUUGAUGGACUGCUGUAAAAUGACUGUCAAAGCUUUGCUUAUGCCGCGUGGCAUUAUUUCCCCUGAGCGUCGGUGUUUUUAACGAACUCUUGAUCUCUUUCUUGUAUAUAUUAAUCUGAGAUCUUACACACUGAGGAUUGAAUAUAAAAUUGAUGGCAAAAACUCUGUAUCUGAAAAUGUUCAGUUAUAGGAAACCUUGAGAUUCAAACCCACACCAGAAACUUUUUAAACACUCAAGGAAAACAAAAUGUUGCUGUAUGAUUACUGAUUUUUCAGAUGCCCUGCACAAAAAAGAUGAAAUGAUGCAGUGAAGGUUUUUUUUUUCUUUAUCAGAUUGCCUGUUCAAUGUGUGAAAAACAAAUUGUGGAGUUAAAAACAAAAAAUCCUAUUAAAACGAUUUUCCCCGUAACAUGUCACGAGCUGAGCUGAGGUCAUUUCAAGCCCUUUAGUGGCAUUAGAGUGGCAUUGUAUUGCAUGGUACCUAGCAGGGUGGAUGUGACUGUCUCUCUCACUCUCUUUAGCCCUGUAUGGUGAAAACAUGCCUGAUUACCCUGAGGAAUGGAAUUAGGGGGCUUGAGCUCUGACCAUUUACAGAGGCAAUUAAACAUGAGCCCUGUAUCUGUGCUGCUGGAGCUCUUGGGAGGCUGAACUCGGGGCAUAUCCCGUGGCUGCCUGGCUCGGUGGCUGCCUGCCUCUAAUAAAGCCUAAUCUGAAAGCAGGCUAAUUAAAGGGGAGUGGCCCCCUCUACAUCCAUUUGAAACAAUCUGAUGUAUUUACUGUUUACCAUGUUCCAAUUAAAGCUCCAACACAGACUG